CACUUUACACAUCAGGCCGGGAACGGAACCAUGUCUGUUUCGACGAGGAGAUUGCAGAAGGAACUUACCGACAUCCAGAAACAGGGAACACCAGUCGGAAUCAAACUCCUGAACGCGGAUGACUUUCAGACGUGGCAUCUCUCCCUAGAAGUCCUGGGCGACACGGUCUACCAGGGCGAAGUCUUCGCACUGAAGUUUCGAUUUGACAGUUCAUAUCCCAUAUCAUCGCCUGCUGUACAAUUUGUGGUGGACGACACAUGGAAAGCGCCGGUUCAUCCGCACGUAUAUUCGAAUGGCCAUAUUUGCGCGUCUAUAUUAGGCAAUGAAUGGUCCCCAGUGCUCAGUGUCAUCUCCGUAUGUGUAACGCUACAGAGUAUGCUUGCGUCUUGCAAGAAGAAGGAAUUACCACCAGGCAACGAUCGAUACGUCAAGAACGCGCCGGAGAAUCCGAAGAAGACGCGUUUCGAAUAUCAUGAUGACAACGUGUGACAGCUUACCACGAACCUCACUCUACCCAUGAAUCUCUCGCAAUCAUGUAUUAUUCUCUUGUAAACAGCUGACGUCGCGUUUCAGCAGCAUUGUAGGUGUAAACAUUGUCACAUGUACAGUCUGAUCUUGUUGUUUGUACAAGACUAGAGCAAUCUCAUUCCGUCCACUCUG